UGCUAUUGAUUUUUAGUGUCCUUUCAAGUUAUCGAAGCAAAAAAAGAAAAGAAACCCUUUAAUUCCUGCUUAUAAAAGCACCCAAGAAGCUUAAGAUUUUGCCAACAUCUUGAACUUAGAACUUGUCAGCUUCAACGGCUACCUCAGGUUCCUUUUCAGUCCUUCUUUUACAUGAUUUUUUCGGUUCUUGAAGUGAAUUUUUACCUUUUCUUUUAGAAUGUAGAUUUUCGUUCUUGGAUUGUGAGAAUGUUGAUUCUUGCCUUACAGUGCAAUUUAUUAUGUUUAUCUAAGCGUGUGUGUAUAUGUUGUUUUUAUUGCUGUUCUUUUGUGCCGUAUUUGUUUUUGUUCUAAUACACGUACAUUGCAAUUAUUACAGCCAGAAUAAUCGUGGUUUUGUUAAAUUAAACCUACAAUGGAUGGGAUCAGUACUUCUGCUCGAUGUUCAUCAAAGCUUAAGCGAAGGAGAGUAGAUGCGAUUCGUGAAUUUCCCAAAGUGUGCGGAAUAUUUCCAGUUGUGAUGGACUCAAGAGAUGGUGAAGAUUAUAUUGUUGAUCACGUACAGCCUCCACAAAAUCCUGUUACUCAAGCUGCAAGAAGAAAGUACCCUCCUCCGAGGAUAUUGAAAGGAUCUUCUGUCCAGCGAGAUUUUCCUAGUGGUUUUGGGCAGGUUCGUUCUGCUGUGAAACAGAAUCUGUUUUCUGUUUCUCAUGACAUUUCAUCCCACGGUUGCGGUAAGCAAAACAGUUUUGUUUCCCAAGAAAAUGCCUCAGAAAAUAGUUAUGCAGGAAAUCAGAAUUUUUCUUCUGUUUCCAAGAAAAUCUUUGCACAAAACAAGAAGAAGUUUAUUGUAGCAGAUUAUAGGUCGAUGAGGUCUGAUGGUACUUUGGGGAACAAGGAAACUGGUGGACAUCGUGGAUCAAGUGCUAGUUGUGAUAAAGUGAAAGAAGUCUUGAGAUUGUUUCAUCUAACACUUGCGAAGCUUUCGAAAGAAAAUUUAGCAAAGCCAAAAAUGGAGAGAGAAUUUAAUGUCCCUAGAAAGGCAGCAAUACUUAUUAAAGAUCACCAAAAAUGGAUUGAUACAAGCAAACGGGUGGGUCCGGUUCUUGGAGUUAACAUUGGUGACAAGUUUCGAUUUCAGGCUGAACUAAAUGUAAUCGGCCUUCAUUGUCACUUUUAUAAUGGAAUAUAUUAUAUGAAAAAGAAUGGGAUCUCAUUGGCCACUAGCAUUGUCGUGUCUGAGCGUUAUCCCAAUAACAUGGAAUCGUAUGAUGUCCUCAUUUAUUCCGGUCAUGGUGGAAAUCCAACAGUUCGAGGCAGGCAAGCAGUUAAAGAUCAGAAGCUUCAACUGGGAAAUCUUGCAUUGAAGCACAGUAUGGAUUGUAAGACUCCUGUACGAGUCAUUUACAAAGUAAAGCUUAAGAGUUCCAAAACAUUUUCCUUAAAAGGUACUGGCUGGAGCAAAAAUUUGAACCCGAUAUUCGUUUAUGAUGGCCUAUACAUAGUUGAAAAAUUUUGGGAAGAAAGAGGAGAAUUCGGUAAACUUGUCUUCAAAUUCAAGUUGAAGAGAAACUUGGAUCAACCUAAGUUGCCUCAAAGAUUGGAGAAAAAACUCCUUUUAUCGAGGUGAUGUAUUUUGAUGGAUCAUGAUAUUUCUGAAGAAAAGAGAAGAUGCCAUUUCGUGCUGCGAACAUGUGAUGAGAUUUCAAUGUUGCGAGAAAAUCCGAUUUGAAAUCAGAAACAGAAGCUGGCAGAAUUAUGAUCUCUGACUUGAGGAAUUCUGAGUAUUGAUGGAAUCAAUUAUCUUAGAUCUUAUCUUAAUAUAAAUAUUUAGGUCCCUAAAGAUCUGGGUAGCAGUAAUUCCAUUCAAGUUUGAGAGCAAAAGUUGAUGCCUGGUUAUUAGUUUUCUGUAUAUCCACUCAAAACCCAUGGUUUUCUUGUGUUCUUGUAUUUUCUUUUCUGGGAAUUUUCUAGCCAAGAUAUAGUUGUUGUCGCUCUAAACUUCUGAGUGUCUCUAAAUAAUGUAGAUGGUUGUUCUCCAUUUAUGUAUGUGCAGUAUAACAUUCGUCCUAUGAGUCCUGGAAAUGCCAGGCACAAAAUGUGAUCGUUGCUGAUCCAGUAGGAAGUUUAGUGAUCCUGAACUACAGGUGAGUCGAAAUGAAGAUGAAUGGGCCAAUAUCAAGCUGGAAUGAUUUACAGUUUCUCACUAUCUGUGAUGGAAGCUAGUUUUAGAAGUCAGAUCACCUAUGUGCUCACUCCCUUUGCCGCCGCUUUUCAUCUCUUUCGAUCCUGAUGCUUGCUAACUUCUGCGCUAUGCCUAUCUUCUGGUGAUGCCUCCAUGUUUUGGAUUCACGAAUUCUAACUUCUAGUGUGAUUAGAAGGCAUUCUAGGAAUAUGGUUCCUAUUCUACGCAGGUUAGACAUGCUACUGUCCUUUAGUUGCUGAUCAAGCAUAGACAGUAGCUAAUUUCUAUUUAAUUAAAUCUUUGAUUUAUACAAGUUGUUUCUUAUGCUGCUAGCCUUUACUGUAAAGGCUUUUAGUUCCCAGAUUUUCCUGAUUUAAUUAGUAAUUUGA